AUGACAGAGAUAAUCAAAGAAAUCGCAAAAGAAAUGGCAACCAAGAUUGCAAUUGUAAAGAUGAACAAGAACGACGAAGAGUGGAAAGGAAACAUCAGAAAGUUUCCCAUCUUCAGCGAAUGGAAGGGAAUGGAGCAGACACUCAAAGUGAUGGGAAUUGAAUUUGAAUAUGAAUUUGAUGAUAACCUGGAAAUCACAGCAGUGAUUGUGAAUGGAUUCAAGCAAGAAACAACCAGGUGGUAUGUUGGGGAUUUAAAACAAGAGAAGAAGCAGAAGAAAAUGCAAAGGAACUUGAAAGAAGAAGGGAGAAAAGACAUGGCAAGACAUAUUGUGGACAUAGCAUUGAAUGAUGAAGAAGAGAGAUUGAUCAAAUAUCUCGCAAAGAAGGAUGGGAUCACAGUCAAGGAAGAAUUGAGAAGUUUGCUGAAUCUUCAGAUUUGGGAAGAAAGCGAAAACUAUAUGAACGAAGUGGAGGAAGAUGACUGA